CAGAGAUGCAUCCCAGAAUUCGAGAACGCGGCCUUCAACGUGCCCAUGGAGGCCACGAACACUUGCGGGGACAGCGGCCCCAUCGAAUACUGCAUCCAGACGGGGGCCGGUAUCAGGAAGUCGUGCGAGACCUGUCAUCCAGGCACUCAUGAUGCCAGGUACCUCACCGACCUCCACAACAACGACAAUCCUACCUGGUGGCAAUCGGAGACUAUGUUUGAGGGCAUCCAGUGGCCCAACCAGGUCAACCUCACGUUGAAGUUCAACAAAGCGUUCGACAUUACGUACGUGAGGCUGAUAUUCUACUCUCCAAGACCUGAAAGUUUUUUCAUCUCUAAGAAGACUGCUGCUGAUGGACCAUGGAUACCAUAUCAGUACUACAGUGCCACCUGUCGCGACACGUACGCCCUACCUGACCUGACGCACACCACAAGGGGCGAAGAAACGCGAGCCCUUUGUACCUCCGAAUACUCGGAUAUUUCGCCGCUGAGAGAUGGCAACGUCGCAUUCGGCACGCUGGAGGGCCGACCUUCCGCGUACAACUUUGAUAACAGCCCAGAAUUACAGGAAUGGGUAACAGCCACAGAGAUCAUGGUAACCUUGGACAGGCUGAACACAUUCGGCGACGAAGUCUUCGGGGAUCACCAAGUGUUGAAGUCUUACUUCUAUGCCAUAGCAGAUGUAGCUGUGGGUGCGAGGUGUAAAUGCAACGGACACGCUUCGAAAUGCGUCGCUUCAACCGGUACAGAUGGAGUUUCUAGAAGGGUAUGUCAGUGUGAACACAACACAGCUGGACCUGACUGCAAUGAAUGUCUUCCUUUCUACAACGACGCCCCUUGGCAUCGAGCCACAGCCCAAAAUGCACAUGAAUGUAAACAAUGCAACUGCAACGGCUUCUCUCAAAGGUGUUUCUUCGACGAAAAAUUAUACGAACAAACUGGCCAUGGUGGUCACUGCAUGGACUGCUUGAACAAUCGUGAUGGACCUAAUUGCGAAAGAUGUCGCGAGAACUUCUACAUGCGCGAAGACGGCCAUUGCAUCCCUUGCCAAUGCGACCCUGUCGGUUCCCGAACACUCCAGUGCAACGCCGAAGGAAGAUGCCAGUGCAAACCCGGAGUCACCGGAGAAAAAUGCGACAGAUGCGAAGUCAACCAUUACGAUUUCUCGACCCAUGGAUGCAAAGGCUGCGGGUGCAACAUUGCCGGAUCGUACAACAACGAAGCGCACUGCGAUCCGUACUCCGGAGAGUGUCGGUGCAAGGAGAACGUUGAAGGCAAGCAGUGUAAUGAUUGUAAGCCGGGCUUCUUCAACUUGGACAUGGAGAACCACUUUGGUUGCACGCCGUGUUUCUGCUACGGUCAUUCUUCUCAGUGUAGCUCAGCCCUGGGCUACUCUAAGGACGCUAUUGAGUCCACUUUCUCUAAGAGUCCAGAGAAAUGGAGAUCGUUAGACGAGUACAGCAGAUCCGUUGAGAUUAAGUACGAUGCUAUCAGUCAGAGUAUCGCUUUGCAGUCCUUAGGUGAUGAGAUGGUGUAUUUCGCAGCUCCAGAUCGUUUCUUGGGUGAUCGUCGAGCUUCCUAUAACCAAGUCUUGGAGUUCAUAUUGAGAGUGGGAGAUGAUAGACCCGCACCAAGUGCUAUCGACAUUAUACUAGAAGGGAAUGGGAAUGCUGUUACAAACACUAUAUUCGCUCAGAAGAACAAAAUACCCGGAAUUCAGAAUCAAGUAUACAAAUUCCGCCUUCACGAACAUCCAGACUACGGAUGGCAACCUAGACUGACAUCGGUAGCGUUCAUAUCGAUACUGACCAACCUCACAGCCAUCAAAAUCAGAGGCACAUACUCUCCGCAAGGCGUUGGAUUUUUGGACAACGUCAGAUUGGAGACAGCUACUAGAGGCGUUGCUGGGAAACCGGCUUUGUGGGUCGAAGCUUGCGAAUGUCCAGCAGGUUACGUUGGCCAAUUUUGCGAGUCUUGCGCGCCCAGUUUCAAACACAUGCCGGCUCUAGGAGGGCCGUUCAUGCCUUGUGUACCUUGCGACUGUAACAGUCACGCAAGUCUCUGUGACUCCGAGACUGGAAAAUGUAAAUGUGACCCUAGUCACCAUACAGCCGGAGAAAAUUGCGAACUUUGCGCUAGAGGAUACUACGGGAACGCACAUGAAGGUACCCCUAAUGAUUGCAAGCCUUGCGGUUGCCCCGAUGGUGGGGCCUGCAUACAAGUAGAUGAGGAUAUUAUCAUGUGUACAGAAUGUCCAGCUGGUUAUACUGGACAUAGAUGUGACAUCUGCUCGGAUGGGUAUUUUGGUGAUCCGAUGGGAAUAUUCGGCCCACCUAUUCCAUGUCAGAUUUGUGAGUGUAGUGGGAACAUUGAUACAAACGCUAUAGGAAAUUGUAAUACUACAAGCGGCGAGUGUAUUAAAUGUAUCCACAACACUGGAGGAUCUCAAUGCGAAGUUUGCUUGCCAGGCUUCUACGGCAACGCUUUGCUUCUUCCGAAAGGCGACUGCAAGCCGUGCCAGUGUUUCCCGAUCGGUACAAUAGAGGACCAGGAUUCUGGAGCUCCGGUAUGCGACCAGAUCACCGGCGGAUGCAACUGCAAACCGCACGUCGUCGGCAGGAACUGCGACACUUGCGAAGACGGAUAUUACAAUAUUUUUAGCGGCGAAGGUUGCCACUCUUGCAACUGCGAUCCUGUCGGCUCUGUCAAUCAGACUUGCAACCUGCACACGGGACAGUGCUAUUGUAGACCGGGAGUUACCGGGUUGAGAUGCGAUCACUGCGAGUCCCGCAAAUACGGCUUCUCGACCGAAGGUUGCAAAGAGUGCGAAUGUGACCAGAUCGGUUCCAAGGACCUCCAAUGCGAUGCCGAUGGUCAAUGUCCAUGUUUGGAAAACGUGGAGGGCAGAAGAUGCGACAGGUGCAAGGAGAACAAGUACGACAGGCAAAGGGGAUGCGUGGACUGUCCUGACUGCUACAAUUUGGUGCAAAAUGCCCAUAACGUUCACGUGGACAAGCUGAACAGAUUGAACGAAAUAUUGGACGAAAUAGAGAGAAGACCAACUGUCAUAACAGAUGAAGAUUUCCCAAAAGAAUUGGCUAACUUAGGAAGAGAUAUCGAUGCUCUCCAUGACCAAGUUAGAAACGCUACAGGUGACGAUAGCAUAUUUCAGCAAGUCCAAGACAUCCAAGACAGAACCAAGGAACUCUCGAGAACGAUGUCCCAAAUCGAGGAAAAUAUCGACGUACUCAACAGAACGAAUCAGGGUGUAGAAGUGAACGUCGAUCACAUUGACACUCUGUCCUACGAUGCUGAAGUGAAACUCGCUGAUAUCAAGGAGACGUUCGAAGAACAAGGAAGACAAGCUUUGGAAAGCGCGUGGGAGAGUGCAAAAGUUGCAGGUCAGCAUUCUGACAGGAUGACCGAGAUAGCCCAAGAAGCAAGAGAAUUGGCUGACGAGCUGGACACCAAGGCCGACGAUAUCGUUAAGGAAGCCGAGGAAGCCAAGAAAAAGUCCGGUACCGCGUAUGAAAUCGCAAGAAACGCGAGCAACCAGCAAUCGCACAUCACUGAGGAGGCUAGAAGGUUGAAGCACGACGUGGGCAACUUGGAGAAUAAGCUCAACAAGACCAAGGCGUUUGCUGUUGAGGUGGCCAACAAGUCCUUGGAAGCCAAAAACGACGCUCUCAACCUUCUGAACGAAGUGAAAAACCUGGAGGUGCCCCAGAUCAACAUACCGAAAUUGAAACAGCGCUCCAAAGAUCUGCGCGAAGAAGCGUUUAUCUUAGGCAACAAAACCGAACAUCUGUUCGAAGAGAGCGAAAAUUUGAGGAAGAAAGUGGACGUUGCGAACAAAGACGGCGAAGAACUGCUCGAACAGGCGUACGAUCAACAGAGUAAACUGAACGAGCUGCUGAGCGAUAUCCAUGCUACUAAAGAGAAAGCUGACGCUUCUAUCGACGAGUGGAGCAAGAUUUUGAACGAGACGGAGAGCAUCUAUAACGAUCUUAAAGAUUUCGACUCGGAAACGCAAAAAAGCAAGCAAGAAGCCGAGGAAGCGUUGAAGUCGAUCCGCGACAUUGAGAACAUCAUCAUGGACACGCUGGGUCAGACCAACAAAGCGCAACAAACGUUGAAGGAAGCCGCGGACACCGCGCACAUAGCGUUAGAAAAGGCGCUGGACGCUGUCCGAUUGGCCAACAAUACGUCUAACGAGACGCAAGCUCUGAAAAACGAGGCGGUCAUGCUUGGCAGGAACUCGACGUUGCUCGGCGAAGACGCAGAGCUGAUGAAGGAUCGCGUCAAGGCCGCGGAAUCUGAGAUCGACAAGUUGAUUAUGUGGACGCAAGAGAAUAAUACCAAGAGCCAGGAAGCUUCAGAAAAGGUUGGCAACGCAGAAACAAAAACGAAAGAAACAUCCCAGAAAGUCACCGAGCUGCUGUCAAACGUCAAGGACAUUAUCGCGGAGCUGGAAAAUUCGCCCCAUAUAGACGACAGUGAAAUCUACCGACUAGAGGAAGAAAUUCGGAAAGCAGAAGAACAACUCAAAGACAUGAAGCUCGAAGAAAAACUCGCGGAGCUCCAGAAAGAACACGCCGAACAAUCCAGUCUGAUCGAACAGUACAAAUUCGAUAUCGGAAAACUUCACAAAGAUGUUGAAAAUAUUGAACAAAUUGUGAACUCGCUACCGAAUGAUUGUUUCAGGGAUGUAGUGCUAGAGCCGUAACGUUAAGAUGGUUUCUUACGAUUUUUCUACUUUCAUACCAAAGAUGGACAAUAUUUAUUUUGUAUUUAUGUACAUAUACUGCCGCUGUACUUCGUGUGAAUUUUAGUUGCCAAAUAAGUACUUAUAACAGGUUCAUUUUACAUUCACAGUUUGUUUAAGGUUAAGUUGGUUUGAAUAUAUAUAGGUUUUACAUA